CACAUUUUAACCAAAAGUAUAUUUGAACCAUUUUCAAUAGUAUACCAAUAUAUUUGACGAUUUUGAAUAAAAGUUCAAAAUUAAAAGGACAAUUUUGGACUUUAAAUUUCUCGUAAGGUCGUCCCUUCAAUAGACGCCAAAAGGAAAAGCGGCACCAUUUUAAGCUGAUCAAUAUUUAUCGGGAUUGAUUCAUCAAUGGAGAGUUUCCUCAACAAAAUCUCCUUCAUAUCCAUUACAAUUGCAACACUUACCCUUCUCCUCCUUUACCUCAAAACCCCACAGACCUUCAUCAAUCCCAAUCCAAAACCCCACCAAAAAUUCCCCAAAUCCACCUGCGAUUUCACCCAUCGAACUUUUACCAAUAUAAACAAACACAAUCGCCGUAUAUGGUCCACCAAAUCAUGGAUCCAAACGGUCCAUUCUUUCACAAUUCAAUUCCAAUCCCUCCAGGCCCAAAAUUUCUUCUCCAACAAUUCUCGGAUCUUAGUUGUAUCAGCCGGGGCGGGUCAUCCUGUUAUGGCCCUGAAUAACAUGGGGGUUAACCAUGUCUCCGGUAUCGAGGUUGUUGAAUCGCAUCCUCUGGUGCGCCGUGCGGAUCCACACAAUCUGCCGUUUUUUGAUAAGGUGUUUCAUUUUGGGUUCAGCCCGUAUUUAGAACGGGCCUUGUUUCCGGCCCGAUACGUGAGCGAAAUGGAGAGAACGGUGAGAGAUGGCGGCGCGUGUGUUGUGGCUGUGGAAGAGUGUGGUGGCGAAGAGGUGGAAGAAGUGGUGAAAUUGUUCAAAAAGUCGAAGCUGUUAGCGGUGAAGAACGUGACUUUGGGUGGUGAAAGAAGGACAAGUAUUGUAAUGAAAGUUGUGAAGUGAUUAAUUAAAGCUUUAAAACAAUAAAAAUUGUAAAGGGACUGAAUUUAUUGUGGCAUGAUAACUCAUGUAUAUUUUUCAAGAUUUAUUCUUAUUUCAAUUCAGCAUUUUGUUUUAUCACUA